AUGGAACGCGCCAGGGCCCCGUGUCAGUGGGGCAGGGUCCAUGCCUCGGCAGGAAGGUUGGGCGGCCGGGCUGGUGCGUUCUCUCGAGAGCUGGUAAGUCUCGCAUACUUCAGCAGGCGUGCAGCUGCCAUUGCCGUUGCAAGCAUUCGUUGCGUCGGAGGCAGUGAUGGCCACGUGCCGCACGUAGAGCGGGAGGUCAAGGAGAUGCCUCGGCGUCUCGAGAAGGCAUGUCGGAUGCAGCAGACGCCAGUACGGUCCAUGGCAGAAUCGGCUUCGGCACCCUCUGUCCAGGCACGGGCAAAGAAACCGGACAUCCCGGAUGUCAACAUGGACAUUGAAGCGGUGCUCGAGGCGCAAAAGCGGCGCAUCGAGGGCUUGAAGAACAAGCUUAACAUGACCAUAGCCUAA